CGCGGGGGACGCUGACGCUGGAACAAAGAUGGCGGCCCGCGGCGCGGCGGCCGUGCUGGGGCUGCUGCUGCUGCUGCUGCUCCGCGCGGGCCCGGCCCGCGCCCGCGUCCAUCACCUCACCCUCAAAGAUGAUGUGAGGCAGAAAGUGCACCUGAAUACCUUUGGCUUCUUCAAGGAUGGUUUCAUGACAGUCAACGUCAGCAGCCUUUCCCUGAAGCCAGCAUUCGGCUCUGAUGACAUGGACAGUUUAUCAGUGGGGUUCAGUUUGGAUCGAACAAGGAAUGAUGUUUUCUCCACUUACCUGGAUGAAGAAGUGGAUUAUUGUAUCUUGAAGAAGACACCAGAACCAGAUGUCUCUGUUGUAAUCUUACUUCUGGAGAUCCAAACUGAAGUUGUGAAAGUACGGUUCUCUUCAGAAGCUGCUUCUAUGUUACCUAAAAUUUUAUUUGUAUCUGAGGAAAAUGGUACUGCCUUAAAUACCAAGCUGCUAAAAACUUCUGAACCAGGCAGUGAUUCUGGUAAAAAUUCUCCAAAGACCAACGAUAAUACAGAAGGCAGAGGUAGGAAGUCCAAACGAAGUACAACAUCCUCCCAGAGCAUGAUAGAACAAGAACAUCCUGUUCACAAUGACAGAGGAACUUUUUCAUUUCAGUUCUUUUUUAACAUCACCUCGGAUAAACAAGAAGGUCUCUACAGCCUGUAUUUCCAUAAGUGUGUUGGCAAGAAAGGGCCAGCUAACGAUCAGCUGCUGUUUAGUCUUGAUAUAGAUAUAACGGAAAAGAAUCCUGAAAGCUACCUCUCAGCAGGUGAAAUCCCACUGCCAAAACUUUACAUUUCCAUGGCUAUCUUCUUUUUCCUGUCUGGGACUGUAUGGAUCCACAUCCUUCGUAAACGCAGAAAUGAUGUCUUUAAGAUCCACUGGCUCAUGGCAGCCCUUCCUUUCACCAAAUCAUUGUCCUUAGUCUUCCAUGCGAUCGACUAUCACUACAUCUCUUCUCAGGGAUUCCCCAUUGAGGGCUGGGCUGUUGUUUACUACAUCACUCACCUACUGAAGGGAGCUCUUCUCUUCAUCACUAUUGCCCUCAUUGGCACAGGCUGGGCUUUCAUUAAGCACAUCCUGUCAGAUAAAGACAAAAAAAUUUUCAUGAUUGUCAUCCCACUUCAGGUACUGGCAAACGUGGCCUACAUUAUCAUAGAGUCAACAGAGGAGGGGACAACUGAGUAUGGGCUGUGGAAAGAAAUCCUUUUCCUGGUGGACUUGCUGUGCUGUGGAGCCAUCCUGUUCCCAGUGGUAUGGUCAAUAAGACAUUUGCAAGAGGCUUCAGCAACAGAUGGGAAAGCUGCCAUUAACCUAGCAAAGCUGAAGCUCUUCAGACAUUACUAUGUCAUGAUUGUGUGUUACAUUUACUUCACACGGAUCAUUGCAAUUCUCAUAAAGAUUGCUGUUCCAUUCCAGUGGAAAUGGCUGUACCAGCUACUGGAUGAAAUGGCCACGCUCGUGUUCUUUGUCCUUACUGGGUACAAGUUCCGUCCAGCAUCAGACAACCCUUACCUACAGCUCUCUCAAGAUGAUGAGGAUGACUUGGAGAUGGAAGCUGUGGUGACGACUUCGGGAGUAAUGGAGGGCAUGAAGAAAGUCAAGAAAGUGGUGAAUGGUUCAGCAGAGCCUCAGGGCGAAUGGGAAAGCACGGCAUGAUGGACUGGACUAAGGCAGCACUUUCAGAGAAACUUUUUUAAUUUAUUAAUAUUACUCUCAGUGGAAAGGGAGCAACUUGCACUCCCCACCACUGAAUCUGCAGAGUGGGGUGUGUCUAGGGAGAGCAAAGCAGUGCAGAAAUAUAACUAUUCCUUUGAUCAUAAGAAAAUGGGAUCUCCUGGUACCUGCAAGGAGCGUGAAGCUUUCCUAGGGAUUUUUGGGUAGCUUUUUUUUCCCUCCCUCUCUGGAUCGGUUCUUUAUUCUGAAUUGUUGCGUUCCUCAGAAUGUGUAAUACUAAUGUGAAGAGGGCUCUUCAGUGUAUAUGUAAAGAAUAUAUUUUAUAUAAUGCUCAUAUACACACACACUUGCUAUGUAACAUGAAUGCUGGGACUUGCAAAGCCUGUCAGAAGGUGGGGAAAGAAGAUAAAGACAUGUAAGUAUUUUUUUUUUCUUUUUAUAAACUCCUUUUGGCUUGGACGAAGCAUUGCAAACCAAGUGGAUAGGAACAACUGCAGUUAUUUGAGAGACUGAACAGGUAUUGGAUCAGAUGACUUCUGCCACUGCUCAUGCAAGUGUGAAAGGUGAUGAGUAUCUUCUUGUCUUAUCCCUGCAGGUGUCCACCUGAAUGUGUCAGGUUUUCAGAUGUGUUGCUAUACAGGAAAUAAGUGACUGUUCUCCAUUAAAGCACUAAACCUAUAGUGCAAUAAGCAUUUGUGUACCUUCUCCACUGUCCAUGGAGUUGCUCUUGACUCACCCCCACCUGACAAGAAGUACACAAGAGGUGUAAGACUGAUGCUUGCUUUUUAGGGGUCUGCCUAAAUGUUUACUUUCAAGCUGUGACCCAGAGCACUUUAGUUUGCUUCAUAAAAUAUUUUCAAGGUAUUUCAAAAGUCACUCCUUUCUGGCACAGUAUAAACAGUACCAGACUCUCCAGUGGAAAUCUGUCUAGCCAUUUUACUGCAGCAUAAAUCUCUGGUUCACAGUUACCCUGAGUUACUGGUCCUCUCUGGAUGGCUACUUAUACCUCUCUGGCUGUGUAGGAUUAAUGACACUGCUGUUUGGGAUGAGCUGAACUGGUCAAAGGGGUAUUUAUUGCCACCAAAAACAGGCAAUUGUAACUCCCUGUCCUAUUUUUUUUUUUUUUUUUUGUCUUGAGAGAAGAUGAUGACCAGAACCUUGAUGCAGGGGAAUAUGGAAUCCUUGACUGUUAGCUGCAGACUUGCAGUAGAGCCUUUACAGACAUCUUCCAAAAUGCCACGUUUUCUCUGUAGUCCCUGGGGUUGUCAGUAGGGCAGUUGGUGUCCAGAGCUGUAGUAGUGACAAUGGGUGUUCAUUUGGGGGAGGAUGGAAGUGGCUCUCUGGUGGAAUGAGGAUUAGCUUUAACAAAAAAUAAAUCAGCUGAAGGUCACUGACACACUGAAGCCUUAAUAUUCAUGCAGGGACAUUGACAUGUGGUGCUGUGCAGCCAAAUGCUUCUGCCAGGGUGUCAGGGAGAGGCAUCAUCAGAGCUCUGGAUGUGCCAGCAUCACUUACAGACUCAUUCAGGAAUUGGUUUUUUGGAGGGACUACAUUUCUGGGGCACAGCUGAUUAGAGAACUAUUAGCCACUAGGUUAUUUUAUUCUUCAAGCUGAGAAGGAUGAUUUCCUCUGGAAUCUUGAACCACUUCCUCACUCCUGAGCAGGAAUUGAGGAGUUCUUGGUGAGCUUGUCUGUACCAAGUCUUGCUGUUUUAGGAGCAGCAUCACUUUCGCCCAUUGCCACUUCUUUUCCCAGGUGUUGGUUCUAUGCACCAUGGAGAUGGUAGAAAUAAAUCUGUCUGCUUUGAUGCCUGGAACAGCUUUCUCUUCAGAUAAAGCACAAGAAGAAGAACAUUUGUCUCUGGCUACAGAAUCCUCUUCUGUUUUCCUCCUCAGCUGUAACUUCACAGUAAUCACAGCAGUGAUAGUUUGACUUUUCUGUCAUUGCCUUGCAGUGAGACAGUUUUAGUGGGACAAGAUCCUGUAUCACUGGAAAGGCUGUUUGGUGACCUAUGGGCCUUUCAGGCCUUCUGUAGGAAGCAAUCUGCAUAUUUAGCUGAAGUGUGAGAAACUGGACCAUAAAUAAACACAGGCUGUCCCAGCUCAUCAUAUGCUUAAAUGCAAUACCUGAAAAACUCAUCCUCUUCCUCUGCAGUUACUCUGUCCCUGUGAAAAGCGUCACUCCCUGCAUCCAAAGGGCUGCUCAAACAGGCUGUAAAGUUUGUUCAGAGAAGCCUGCUGAAGACUUGCAGUGUGUUGGCACUGAGGUAUGUAAGGGAUAAGGAUGUGCUGUCAGGAACAAAGUGCAUCUGGAGGAUGCUAUUCUGGAAUUCCUUUUGUGAAUGAGAUGUGAAAUUGUCAUGGGUGUGGCAUUUCACCCAGAACCACGAGGGCUGUGCUGUGAUCCCAGGGAGUGCUGAGCUGGUUCCAAACAGCUGCCUAUUCCAUACCUCAGCAUCAGUGAAGCUGACAAUUUGGCAAGUGCUGUUACCUUAGUCUCUUUUUCUCUCUUUUUUUUAUGUGUGCUUUUUUUGCUAAAGUUGCAUAUGGUGUAGGUUUAUCUGCCAAGUCCCUGGCUCACCAGUCAAAGGCCAAAAAAAUGGGUCAUUUCUUUUUGUCUUGGCAUGAAAAGCCACAGCAGUAUUCUGGAAGUAAUUUUUUUACAAGAGCUUUUUCCAAGUUCAGCCCUGAGCUUCAGCAGUCAGCUCUACAACCCGGUUCAGCUGGUGCUUUACACAGGAUGCCAAGCAGCAGGAAAUGGUCAGACCUGAGCAUUAGGAAGAAAAAAAAAAACCAGUCAUGGACAAGUCAAAAACAACAAGAUUCUUAUUGUGGCCAUUUCCAGAACGAAUUUUCUCUGGUACAAUUCCUUGGAUCAGGACAAAAAGUCUGUCUUGAUAGAUAUAAUGGAUGGGACAGCAGCUGGGAUGGUGGAGGGUGGAGGGGAUGGGUGCAGUUGUGCUUCUCUCCAGCACAGCGAGUGCUGCACUGCAAAGCAUCAAAGACAGGACUGUUCCCUCCCCUCCUUCCCAGGCAAACCCACAGCGGCAUGACUGGCAUGGCAUGACUCCAGGGCUAGUGGAGUGCAGCAGCUUGGAGCUUCCCAGGCAGGAUAAUCAGUGCUUGCCUUUCACAUGCUGAUGGAUGCUGAUCUGGUAGCAAGCUCUGCCUCUCUCAGGGAGGGAAGCAAGAGGAGCUGUUGUGGAUUACAGAUCGUUUAGGGAGAUGCAGCUUUGCUUCCCUGUCGCUGCUUUUGCUGAAGUGAGGAGCUGAAGCAAUCACCAACAGGACCCCGCAGCAGAGUGCCAGGAGUCCUGGAACAGCAGGUCUGGUGCAGUGGGAAUAAAUGGUUUGAAUGCUUUUCCAUAUGCUGCUGCAGUGGAGCACUCAGUCCCCUCUGCAGACAAAAAUGAGAUUGGUUCAGUCUUCACUUGUAAUGCAGGUUAUGCCCCAAUAAAUCCCUGUGGAUGCUGACAUGUACAUGCCACUGCUGCACUCCUCCUUCCUGCUGGAGCUGCUCAGCAGGCUGUCUUCCAGAGGAAGCCUCCUUGCAGUGCAACUGCCAGACUCUUGCAUUCUUCGGGCUGGAAAAUGUUUUCCUUGAUGGUUCAUCAAGAGACAUACUAAAAGAAAGCAAGACAUAAUGGGGUCAUCUGGAACAGUGCUGCUGCGUGCUCUGAGUGGAGCAGUUUGAGUUGAAGAAGCCACAUGCUGUCCUAUUAAGAUGCUCUUUCAUGCUGUUGUCUAACUCAGUGUUGUGAUGUGUGCAGUGCAUUGUUCAGUGUUUUCCUCCAGCUGAGUGCCCUGUUCCUCGAUUUCCAUGCUGGCAUACCCUGGGAGAGCAUGUUGUAAAAAUUUGCUGCAUUGCAGCAUUUUGUCUGGAGCUCGUAGUGUGGAAGAUGUAUUUUUUCUAAGCUAAGUGGACUCUCUAGCAUGAGUGUGCAUCCACCAUGUUAUCCUUGAGCACUGUAACAUUCCUUCUGGCCAUUAAAGGGCAUGCCCUGAUCGCUCCAGUGUGCACAUCUGGUGCAAGUCCUGUAGAAGAUUUUUAGUGUUAAGUCUUUUUUUCCUUACUGUGUGUUCCUCUUAGAGAAAAGCAGUUGAGCUGCUGACAAUCAAAUUGAUGAGAAUGGGAGGAGAUUUUGUUGUUUAUUUGAAAACUGCCCAAUUUGAAGCAAAUACUGGGUAUUGUAGGCUCUAUUGAGCUCUGUGGACUGGAGUUCCCUAGCUAUUAAGGAGAGGGAAGGAAAUCUUCCUUUAGCCUACUUGGUUUGUCUCCUUCAAUUUGACCUGUCAUGCUAGCUAACAGAUUGCUGUCAUUUUAAAGAAGAUGUUUUAUAGCUCCUGUGUUAUGAUCUCUACUUCACUCAUAGAGCACAUCCCCAUUUUUCACCUGUGUACAAAGAGUGAGGAGCUGUGGUCUGCAGGAGUGGGAGGUGCACUGAGGUUUGAGUAUAGUGGGACCCACACUGAAACUGUGAUCUUGUGUGUAGCGUCAGUAGCCUCAGUGUUUCAUCAAAGCUGAGGUGAUGCUGCCCAGAGACAUUUGACCAGUGUUUCUUUGUGUUCCCUGGGGUUGAUUUGCUGUAAAACAUUGUAAAUUGAAUUAAUUUGCCUCCUUUUUUGUAGCUGCUGGAUACAACAUUUUUGGGUUGAUUAAUCACUUUUUCUUAGAAAUAUUGGAAAGCUAUUCAUUUUCUCUUUGUAGUGUCUUGCCUGGAUAUAGCAGUGAUCCAGUGAGAACUGCACGUGAUCCGUGCUCCCAAGUGACUGGAACAGGAUGUAGAAAAAUACCGAUACUCAUGUGUUGAGUGGUGUAGGAAGAAAGUGGCUGAGAAAAGCUCCUUAUGGGCUGUCUGGCUCAAGAACCCAUUUAUGUUUGGACUGCAGAAAUCCUCUAGAAAGGACAAUUCUUAAUACAUAUUUCCCUGUGGGAUUUCACUCAGUGUUCUGCUCUCUGUGUACUGAAGUAGAGUCCAACCUCCACAUUCAGAAACACUUCAUCCUGCAGCCAGUGGAGCUGGUACCUGCUCUGUUAAAACAGAGUAUGGGUCUAAAUAGCUUCCCUUGCCCUUUAGGAACUAUUAAUAAUUAAUUCUGCAUCCUCUUGUGUCAUUAAGCAGCUUUAGGGCACCUUGUACAAUGUAGCUUUGAAUUCAUUUAGUAAAUGAGCUCCAGAAGAACUAAAAAAUACUUCUGUGUACAGCAAGGUCCAGUUCCUGGGGUUUUGGUGACCUGUAAAUAUCCUAUUCCUCAGUUCCUGUUCAGCUGUAAAAAUGGAUUUUUUUUCAGUAUUUUUUUAAACUUUAUUAAAAGAACAGUAAACAGUAUUUGAAGAGAAGCAAGGUAGAGACAAGUCAGGACAGUCUGUGUAACUUGGUUUCCCUGCUGUGAUGCAAAUGUGUAAAAUAAAGAUUGACCAGAAAGAAGUUUUUAAUGCAUCUCAUUUUCUCCUUCUGAACUGCCAGCAGCCAAGCAUUGAUCCUAAAGUCUGCAUUUCCCUCUGCUCAACUUCUGCUUCCAGCCAUCAACAUCUGCAUCAUGGAUACAGGGCCAAAUCACAAAACUUGUGUGAAAAACUUAUUUUGAAGGGAAAAGCUUUCCUGUCAGUGACCCAGUGAGGUUCACUGAGGUGCCUUUUCUUGAGCCCCAGGUAUUGGAGCUGUGCUUGUAUGCACCCAGCUGCUCUGCUGGUUUUGUAAGCUGAAUUUAGGCAGUAGUUUGAGGACUGAGUCUUGAACAAAGGUGUUUCUCCCAGCCCUGUGUCUCCUGCAGUCAGGCAGACAGGAAUGCAGGAGCAUCCAGACUUGUUGCUGCUCUCCAUCCCUGUGCUGUGUGGUCUCUGGUGUCAGCUUGCCAGGUGAGGGCAAGGAGCUGAUCCUCUGAACCUCGGUGUCCAGAUACAAAAUAAGGAUAGAAACUUACUUUUGAAGUAGUAUCUUUGGUGGAUCUGGCCACACUACCUCAGAUGGGCAAAUCCUUCAUCUAUUUUAGGUUAGACUGAUGGUGAUUUGGGAUGUCUGUAGUUGUGCUCUUCCUGAGUUGUUGGGAUCUAACCUUGCAUUUCAAUUCUGCAAACUGGUUGGGUUGGCAGGGAUGAGGAGGGCACAACAUUCCUGUAAAGUGUUCUUCCUGAUAAUCCCCCAUCCCUCAAAAGCAUAUGUCCUUCAGCAUGAAAUUCCUGUGUUCAAGAUGUUUCUUACAGUUCAGCCUGUGGCUCUCAUCCUACCACCAAGGAGUAAUGCCAGAAAUAGCCUGUCUUCUCUACCCUGCACCUCCCAAGCAGGCAGUUCUGCAUUGCCUCAAGCCUCUGGGUGGGUGGUAUUUCACCAGGGAGCUAAACUAUAAAAAGUACUUGGAAUUUGGAUUUCCUAGUACCUCACUGUAGGUUAGAACAAACUUUCCUGAUGCAGGUAAUUGCUGGUCGUUGUACUGGAGUGGCCUAAAUCUCUUUAAUGCUGGUUUCUCCAAACUGAAUAUCCUCUGCAUAUUCUGUCUACUGUGUAUUUGGCUUUAAAACAUUUCCCCCUUCUCAUUCCCUGACAGCAGCUCUGAGACUCAUCCCUGGAGUUGCCUGAACUGAGCCAAACAUUCCUCAUCUAUAAGGAAAAGUGAAAUGUUAAGGGUGGAGUGGGUAAGGUGGGACUAAAUUGUGGGAACACUCACUUGAGAAGGAGACCAAAUGAAGUUAUCAGUGGAAAAAUUGAUUCCUGACCAUUUUCUCCAAGGAGACACAAAGAAGAGCUCCCAGUAUUUGAGGUCUACUGCGAGCAGAGGUCAUCUGGCAGACUUACACAGGGAGCAGAAGAAACAAAACCAGAGCUAACAAAACUUUCCUCAGUGUUCUGUGUUUGGAUGUCAUUUUGUAGGUGUUUUCUUGCCCAGGGGAGGUAAAUUGUUCUACCUGCACUAAAGUUUUUCUUCCAGUGUGUGAAAUUCCCAGCUGUCUGAUCAUUUGCAGCCCUCAUUGCAGUCCUGGCUGCCUGCUGUCGAUGCUUUCACUUGAGCAAGGUUAUCUUCAUGACUGCAAAGAGCUGCCUUCUCCUUAAAUCUGCUUUUGCCUUCCUUUGCCUUCUGACUGACAGGCUUUAAUGAGGGGAGAGUGUUGUAGUGCCCUGUAUAGCAAGUGGUCAAUAAAAACCAAAUUGCUUUGUACAGCAGAGGUAAUAACACAGUUUGUUAUUGGCACAGCUGAUCCUGAUAUUGGGGCCCUGGGUAGGAGACAAGGGCUUUCUUCUGUCUUUAAGUAGUAAAAAGUGCAUGUCAUCUAUUCCUUUUCUCCCCUCUCAUCCAUGGAAAAUGGUAAUUGGGGGUGACACUGCUUUGUUGUGGCUCUUCUCCCCUGUGGGAUAUUUUCUGUGGGGUAGCUGAGACACAAUACAUAAGAUGGCUCUUUUUAUUCCUGAAAAAAAUUAUAAACAGGCAUGUGAGGUUGUUACAGGGGUGGCAGGUGGAAUAGGUGAGGAUUAAAAUGGAAGAGGCAAUGUGAAAUUCCUUUUGCUGCUCCCUCUUGGGAUGAUUGCGCUGAGCUUGGCAAGAGCACCCUUGAUGAAAGGAACAGUUAAAACGUGGGUCACCUGUGAGUGUAGUAAUAAAUUUGGGGGGGUUUUAGUCCCUGAGGACAUUGCUCUGGGGUGCAGAUCUUCUGUAUGCCUUCAGUCCUGAGUCAUUUGGGUAAGGUGUCACCAUAUCCCCCCGAUAUCCCAGCACCAGCUUCUCCCCGAGAAUGCACCCACUGUUUACUGUCAGUGCUCCAGCUGCCUCCUCCCUGAACUGCUCAGGAUCUUUGUUCUGCAGGAGCUCUGUGAAGCUGGAAGGAAUUCUCCACCCAGCACAGCUGUGAAGGUAUUGAUCUGCCUCUCCUGGGAGAAGCCAAACUUGUUCAUUUUGGGAUAGAUCUCAUACCAGGAGGCGGUAGCCAAAUUGGAGGGGCUACAAAGAACAGCUGCAGUGACUGACAUGAAGGAAUUGGGCAAUGGCAGAAGAUUACAAGAAUUAAAGCUGUGAGCCUGACUAAGUGAUGAUUAAAGAAAGCCAAGAAGAUGCAGCUCAGUACAAAAUGGCUGCAUGGGGAUAACCCACAGAAAUGGGUUUGGAAUCUGUGCAGAGGCUGAGCUGUGGAGAGGUGAGAUGUAACGAAAGCAGAGGAAAACAAGAUGUUAGGAGAAACCUUUUGCCAAUGAGUUUGGCUGCAAACAAUCUCCCUGGAGAAAUGGAGGCAGUUCUGUGUUGUUUUAGAUAAUCAACACUAGGCUGGACAAAUCAUUGCUAAAUACACUGCAGGGAAUGACCCUCAUCAGCUGUGAGCUGGAUGAAAUGCCUGGCUCAGCCAUUUUCCAUUUGCUUAUCUCAGUGGGAAAUAUAUUGCGUGCAUAAUUCCUGGUUUGGGGGGGAGGGAAAUUUUAGUUUUACUGUUAAACCUCAUAGAUGCCUUGAGUGAGCCUGGCUGUUCCAUGGGAGGAACACGUUAAAGUGAGGCUGGUUGGUGUGUGCCCUAAUCUGUAUUCUGAGUCAGUCGAGGUUUUAACUGUUACUGCAAAAUCUCAGCGGAAAUAUCUGCUGGGAUUUACCAAGCACACAAUGCCCAAGUGUUUCCAUGAAUCAGAGCAGCCUUAUGGGAGGCAACAAUUCAAACUCUUAAACAGUAACAGAAUUUGAAGAAUGGGUACAGUUUGAUCAGGUUGAUUUUGUAUGUUUGAAUGUUUUUGGGGAUGGUUGUGGUUUGGUUUUGUUUGGUUUUAACGAUUGCAGGGUAGGAUUUGGGUGGGCAAACAUCACCAAUGACUGCAUAGUUUGCUUACAAAGCUUGCUCAAGAGACUUGUGUCUUGUCUUAAAACCAGAGCAGGUCAGCAUCAGCUGCCCCAGCCUCCACAUGUCCUCAGCAGACAGACCCCAGGCACCAAGGGGCUGAUGAGCCAAUGUAGGACUCGUGAGUAAUGAAGAGGAUGAUUUCUGUCUGCUUUGUGGUGUGAAGCCCACCACCACAAUCAUUCCUUGUGCCCUCUGCAUGCUCAGAGCUCAGCACAGAAUGGACACCGAGCUGCCUUUGGAGCAAACAUCUGGCCAGGAUCACAGAAGAGCUGAAACCACGUGACUUCCUUUUAUUUUGAAGGUUCUUAUAAAUAUGUAUAUUUUUUAAAUGCUCUGUUCUGCUCCAAAUCUCAGUCUUUCAGGUUUAAGGAUGCUUCUCUCACAGAUGUGGGGUGUGUUAUUAAAAACCCCCCGCUGAAGCUUGGCAGCAGACCUGGUGAGGAGUGCUCAAGUCACCUGCAGUGGGUGGAGAGCAAUGUGGAGAACAGCUUCUCCAGCCCCUUUUCCAGCCCUGAGAGUGCCAGUGGAUGCUGCUGGGAGUCUUUGCUGCAAAAUGCUGCUGCUGCCGCUUCUGUGAGUGUGAUCUUAUCUCACCCAGACAAAGUGCACAGCACUCCUUGGUUGUCCUUAUGAGGAGCCUUUUAUUUUCAGUCAGUCUGGAAUCAAGCCUUGGCUCAAGGUGGCUGGGCUGAGCCCGGCAGGACGAGGACGGCAGGAGCAGAACAAGGGUGAUUUCCCACUUGCCAGCCGGUAUUUGUGAUGUGCCAUGAAGGAAGAUCCACAAAACCUCCUCCUGCUUGGCUUUGUCUCAGCCCAGGGCUGCCUGCAAACUGCAGGCAACGGGAGAACAGCUGAUGAGUUCACCACAGCCACCCUUCCCGGCUUCCUGCAUUAGCAUAACAAUUACAGCCCCAGAGGCUGUAAAGAGAAUACAGGCUUUAAAAAAUAAACUAGAAUUUAACAGAGAAAUUAAUAGCGUAGCAAAUUGUACCGCUCAGCGCGCCGGCUGCGUGUCAGUCUCGAGUGACAGCUGUACGUGCAGCCUUGGCAAAGUUUGAUUUUCAGACCUUCCGCUGCAUUUGGCCAUCAUUUCAAUAUCUCCACUUCCAUUUCCUGGGGAAAGAGCCUGCAGGGCACCAUUCCUGCUGCUGCUUUCCCCAAAAACUUGGAGUGUUUUGUAUCUGUUGCGUUUCCCUGCAGCCAUGUGAUGUAUUGGCAUUAAAAUGCUUGAGAUAGAAAUUAAUUUAUGGCAGUGCUAGUCAUUAUUGCUGCUGGAGUCCGAGUUUUAGAGUGUUUUGGGUUAUAAAACUUGAUUUUUGAGGGCUUUCUUAUUUAGUCAUGUAUAGCUCAGCUAUCAAAGCAGUUGGUAAAUGCCAGCACUGGGUGGUUGCUGUGACCUGCAGUGGUACCAGGGUGAAGCAAGAGCAGCUCACUCGCAUCUCAUCAAGCAUAAAAGAGCUUCAGGAACACCUGGCUGCUGAGCUGGGAGCUGCGGGGUCCCGCUGGACGCUGCUCACAGCCUGGAGAUGAUAUUUGUGUAAAAUGGUUGUAAUCUGAGAUGCGUGUGAUGCCUGGGAAGCCGAGGGUGUCCCCAGGACGAGCUGAUGCAUUCCUCUGCUUGUGGUUGUUGCACCAGGAUGUUGAACUCACUCUAAUGGCAUUUUUUCCCCCAAAUCCUCUGGAAAAGCAGCUAUUUUGGUGACUUUCCGUGCCAGCGGUGACCAUGGCUUGUCUGGGGGAGCAGCCAGCGCUGAUGCCAAUAAUUCCUUUGGCUCUUUUUCUGCCUGAGUCAGAUCGCUCAAGCAUUAACCUUAAAAUAGCAACUAUUUUUGUAGUUGAUAUAAUUAAUCUCCUCUGUGUGUGUGUUCCUUCCCCAUUCCAGGCUCCGAUGCUUCACCACUCCCCUGCUGACCCACUCCUGCUUUGGCAGAAGAAAACUCGGCAAAACUUGGCUUUUCCACCACAAAAGCACAAACUGCAGGCUGUGUGUGCUCUGCUCCGUGAGUUCACUGCCACACUGGUGUCUCCAGUCACAGAUUCCUCGCUCAUGUGGUCUGUCGGUUUUGGAGCAUCUUCUCGAUCUGCUUUUGGGUCUGAGCACAUCAGUGAGGAAGAUGAAGGGGGAAAAGAAAAGAUCAUUUGUGAUGAAGCACAGAGUGAGCACACAGAUUGGGGCAGACUGCAUCUCGCUGCUUGCAUGCAGUACUAUUCCCACGAGGCAGCUGCAAUCCUGGCAAUUAAAUCAGGAAGGAUGCGUUGGGGAAAACCCCCGUGAUGGCGUCUGAGGAUGCUGAUUAAAUGUGCACAGCCUGGUGAGCCCACGUGGAACAAAAGGCUGCGUGGCUGAGCCUGACAGACUUGCUGUGUCCUGGGCAAAAAGAAUUCUGGGGUUUUAUUAAACACUUUGAAGUAGAUACCUGAGGAAGGAAAAGCUUUCUGCAGACACACACUCAGCUGUGCAGCCCACACAGCUCCCAGCUUUUACAGUCAGAACGUGGAGCAUCGGUUCCAUCCCAACCUCCAGCGCUGGUGUGGCAGGAGGGGUAACAGGUUCCUUUGAGCAGGAACCUGCUCUGACCGCGGCAGCAACAUCAAAUAUCACCCAGGGAAUGAUCAUUUCCAUGGCUGCACUGUGGGAUCCGACAGAGGAAGCCCUGCAAGUGGCACACGUUGCUAAAUCAAAAAGCCAGCUCAGGUCAGGGUUGGGCUGGCUCUGAACUUGUCCUGCAGUUGCUGAUGGUGGGAGAUGUGAACAAUGCCUGAGGUCUGUCCUGGAAGAGAGAGACAGGGGGAUUUAUAAAGCAAAUCUGCUCUCAAGGACUGGCCUGCCGUGGAUUUUCCUCUGAGCAAACAACCCCGCUCCUUCCCGGGCACACUGACCACAUUCAGCUGGGCUCGAUUGUUUUGUGUUCCCAUCGCUGUUCAGAUUUCAAUCCUGUCGUCCCCAGGAGUCUUUCCAGACUUGGGCUGUGUUUCUCUGCCUGUAGAAAUGUCACUUCAUCCUAGAAAAUGUCACUAGGAUUGUUAUUUAAACAGUAAUAGGGUUAAAGGUAAUAACUGGGAAGUGAAAGUGACUGGCUUGCAUAGUUUCCGAUUACUUUUCUCCUCUUGUCUGUGUGAUUUGAGUUCUCAGCAUUUAGCAUGGUGGAGGCAGGGUAGAGUUUUAAAUAGAAUUAUGUCCUUUCAACAUCAGUUUUGCAGCAGCAGAGCUUGUGCUAGAAUGCCUGUGCUGUGCAGGGAAGGUUUGGGACUUCACUGGAUUCUCAGCCAGGCACUAACAGGUCAUACUCUGCACACAAAAGGACACCCCUGCUGCAAUGUGGCUACAGCCCAGGGACCACAGAUGAAGGGAAAUGCUGCAAAAAUUGGAGUUUUGCUGAUGGGCAGCAAAGAAGGAGCUGCACAGGACAUUUUUGCAGCGCAUUUGGAGCCUAAACUGGAAUCUUCUGAGGCCUAUGUUGGAGCUGCUGGCGGGCCUUUGUCCCUAAAAGCCAUGCAGAUGCUGGAAGUGACUGGGAGGGAUGCUGGAGGGGAGACACGGCCUCACAGAGCUCUCACUGCCACGUGCUGCCAAUCCCCUGUCGCUCAGUGCCAUCCCUCCAGCUCAUCCCCCAGGCUGUGCCGCUGUGGGACAUGGUGAUGGUGUUUUUAUCCUCUUCUGCCUUAAUGAGCUCGUUUGUGUGAGGCUGGGUAAUGGAGGACGAGGCAUUUUAGAAACAUCCACUUGGGAAAUGUAUCCCUGGAGAAGUGAGUGUCAGGCAACGUUUGGCUGGAUAAAAACAAUAAAGGUGCAAAGAGCA